AUGAAGGAGAGCCGUUGGGUGAUGAGACAAAGACUGGAGGGCUGGGAGCAGAUGAGGCACUUCCAGGUGCAGCGCCAGGCUCCAGACAUGUCCUGCUCUGAGAAGUGCCAGCAGUGCCGGCCCUGCGAGCCUUGCUGCCAGUCCUGUGGGCCCUGCCCGCUGGCCAGCAGCUGCACUGAGUGCUGUGUCAGGCAGUGCCAGAGCUCCCACGUUGUUAUUCAGCCGCCUGCUGUGCUGGUGACCCUGCCUGGGCCCAUCCUCAGCUCCUCCCCACAGAACACCGCCGUGGGAUCCUCCACCUCUGCUGCUGUUGGCAGCAUCCUGAGCUGUGAGGGAGUGCCCAUCAGUUCUGGGGGCUUUGACAUCUCCUGCAUCACCAACUGCUGUGGUAGCAGCAGAUGCUGUCGUCCCUGCUAA